AUGCGCCGACUGACAGCCCCCAUAAUGUCCGCUCUCGUGGCUCAUUCAUGCCUCGCCGCGCUCUACUACCCGACGCCGCAAGCCUCAUUCCUGGAGCAUAUACUCGUGGACAACUGGGGCGCAUACGCCUCCAACUUCUCCUCGGCCAUCACGCCCUGCAGCAACUACGUGACGCAGGUCGGGGAGCCCGCGCUCAACAGCGGGCGCACGACGGCGGCGCAGUGGAUGCGCGUCGCCUUCCACGACUUUGUCACGGCGGAUGGUGGAUUCCCCGAUGUCGUCCCGGAGUCCGCCGUCACACCCAACAACACAAACGGCGUCGUCCACGAGUAUAUUGACUGGACUGGCAGCAAGGGUGGGCCACUGGUCACGACCGAGAACAUCACGACGCGCUCCGACCUGCGGCUCUACGAGAGUGACGGCAACGACACCAUGCAGGCGCUGUACGACAUCGGGGAUGAGUUCCUCAACACCUGCGUCGACCUCAUGGGCCGGAUGAUACACACCGUGCCUGCCAAUGUAGAAUUGGGACCGCCCCUCGAGCCCAUGGGAAUUAAACCAGUCAACGUGACCUUCGACAUCGAUGGACAGGGACACUUUGUCCUGUCGGGAAAGAUCCGUAUCCUCGACAAGUCAAGCGCCACGGCGCUGCCCUUGCAAGCAAGCAUUGUUGCAUCAGACGGCGCCUCGGAAUCACUCACGCUGGAGCCCGAGCCCACGACGGGCAGUUCGGUGUACGGCCAGACCAUUUACUACUCAUUCUCUGCCGCAGUGCGCCAGGACGUGGCAUACACAGCGCUCGAGGUCAGCCAGGAUGGAGCAUGCUGCUCUCAAAUCUCUUUCCCGCUCCAAAGCAGCAUCUUCGUCGUGCCGAACAAGACGUCGGUGGAAGGAUCAAGGGUAGACUUUGCCCUGGCCGCCAAAUCAGACCUCUCCUCGGUGAAAGUCAACGUUUCUGCCCCCGCAAGGCAGCAGGGGACAUUGGCGCCAAAAAUCACGAGGUACACAGCCGACGUGAGGCGAGCCACGAGUUCUGCCCUGAUCGUCCCCGGGUAUCAGGUCUGGGAGGGCUCGGUCGACCUGGGCGCGCCGCCCACGGGCGCGGUGGCGGUGGCGGUGACCGCUAUGGACGAGGGCGGCGAGGCGGUGCGUGAUGUUUUGUACCUGAGCGCUGGGGCUGCAGGUUGGUGAGACCCAGCUCGACCCGCCGUGCCGUUGGACACGCAUGGAGGCGAACAAGAACCGG